AUGAAACUAAUUAACAAAUCUCUGGAAAGAGAUGGUUCUGGAAGCGUUGUUUUGCUUCCAGAAGAACCGGAGGACAUGUGGCACCUUUACAAUAUUUUUCAAGUCGGAGAUGAAUUGAAAGCUUCCACCGUUCGACGUGUUAUUCGAAUUGGGGCCACUGGAAGCCGCACAGAUUCUAGGGUGCAAAUGUCAUUACGUAUUGCUAUUGAGUCUAUGGAUUUUGACACACAUGCUAGCGAACUACAUGUUAAGGGAAAAACUACUGAACAACAUCCAGAUGUAAAAGCUGGUUCGUAUCAUACUUUAGAUUUGGAACUGCAUCGAAAAGUCACUGUGUUUAAAAAGGAAUGGGAUAGCUUUGCUUUGGAACGCGUAGAAGAAGCUUGCGAUCCAGCUGCAAAGGCCCAAAUUGGCGCCAUUGUUUUGGAAGAAGGCUUGGCCAAUAUUUGCCUUAUUACCGAGAGUAUGACGAUCCUCCGUCAAAGAGUGGAACACAACAUUCCAAGAAAGCGUCGUAAUGACAGCUCGGCUUAUCAAAAGGGCAUUGAUAAGUUUUAUGGUCUUGUGUACCAAGCUAUGGUGCAGGAUUUCGACUUUGAUGCUCUCAAAGUCAUCGUCCUUGCCUCUCCGGGUUUUGUGGCCAAGGGACUGUACGACUACAUAUUCUCAAUGGCUGUGAAACUUGAGAACAAAAAGCUUGUAAAAUCAAAGGGCAAGUUUCUUAUCGUUCAUACUAGUACAGGACACAUUCAUACAUUGAAUGAAGUCUUAAAAGAUCCCUCGGUCCAAUCCCAGCUUUCAGACACGAAAUUCGUUGAAGAGUCAAGAGUGCUGGAAAAGUUUUACAAAACCAUGGAUGAUGAUGAACUCCGGACAGUUUACGGCCCAAAACAGGUUGAGCGCGCCUUCGAGCUCAGUGCAAUUUCACAGCUCCUCAUCAGUGACACACUUUUUAGAAGUCUAGACAUUGCAACCAGGAAACACUGGGUGAAGAUGGUAGAAAACGUUAAACAAGCCGGAGGAACUGUCUACAAAUUUAGCAGUCUUCAUGAAUCUGGAAAACAAUUGGAUCAACUGUCUGGCAUCGCGGCCAUUCUCAGCUAUCCCGUCGAAAUCGAGGUCGACGAAGACUCUGAUCCAUUUGAUUCAGAUUCUCUUUAAGGAAGACAAUCUAUGCCCUUAAACAUUGUACUUUCUUGCAUCACCAGCUUAUCACAGCAAUGUCUGAUAUAGAGCGUUACAAUAAAACAAUAAGAAUACCAAUUGCAGAAAAAAAUUACAAAACUUCGU